AUGUCAUACUACGAAGCGCAAUCGUGGCAAAUACCGGCACAACAAGCAUCAUGGGAGCAACCUCCACCUCCUUCGCGGGCAGGGACGAGUUCGGCCUUGCAACACGAGGAUGUGGCUGCAUUCGACAUUCAAAUAGAAGAAGUCAAUCGCGCCCUCGACAACCUCAGCAAGAGCGGAAAGCUCUUCAGCCCACCCUCGAGACGAGACUCCAUGCCCAUGAUGGGAGGUCCACGAGCCUUCUCCGAUUUCGACCCUCGUAUGGGCGGAAUUCCCCAGCGACACCACUCUAUCGGCGAUUUCGAUCAGAUCCGCCCUCAGUCUAGCUCGAACCUUCAAAAUUUCUACGCAAACCAGCGACACCAGCCAAGACCAAAUGAAGCAGAGCAGAUGCUGCAAGCCAAGCGCCGCAUGGCCGCGCAACGUGAGCGCGAACUACGCAAUUAUCAUCAGGAGCAGCAGUACAACAGAAAUGUCUCCACGCAGGGCAAAUCCGACCGCGCAAUCAGCCCCAAUACCAUGAACGAGGAGGAUCGCCGGGAACUCAUCGCCCGUCAGCAUCGUGCUCUAUACGGCAACGAGAACAACCAGUAUCUCGAAGGCGGCAGCUUUGGCGACGAGAGCCACACGCCUCGUCCAUCCAAUCCAACAUCAGGCAACACAAGUGCUGGUGGCCGCGGACCGUCGCCUCGCACAUAUGACUCGUACACCAUGGGCCAAAACCAGGCACAAUCUGCGAUCGCUGAAGCCGGGGGCCAAUUGAACGCCAACGAUCAGAGUCAACAAGCUGCAGCAACCGGCCCAUCUCCAAAGCCUCAGCAACAGCAGCGCUCUCGCGGCGACAGCACAUCCUCCCCAGCAUCCAACCCUCCAAGCCAGAGCUUUAGCCUCUUCGAAAGCGCCGCCCAGCAGUCGAGCCGAACCUCCACCUCCUCCCCCGGCGGCUCCCCUCCCCGUCAAGCCAAAGGCUCAGCCCCUAGCGGUGUAGCACCUAUCGGUACUCGUCCCUCUCAAAGCCAAGCGACCAACCCAAGCCUCAACAACAAGCGUUCGACCACCCCCUCCCCUUCUCCAUUGGGCUUCAGCUUCGCGCAGAACCAUGACAAUCUUAAUCCUAUAUCUAAUAACGGAAACGAGCGAUCCACAUCCGCGGCUUCGAACCCGACGUCGAGCGGCAACAAGGACGCUGGCAUGGCGUGGGGCACUGGCAGCGGCGUUUGGGGCAAUACCAAUAACAAGUCCCUUCAGGCCUCUGUUUGGGGCUGA